AUGAAGUUGUCAAAAAUCGCCACCUCUUUUGCUGUUUUCCAGGACACAGCUGGAACUACCAUGACAACUCCUGUCGUCUUCGGCUCUACAGCCCUCGCCAUCAGCACACCCACCACCGCUGCCGUUCCUACUCUAGUCUUGACCAACGCCAAGUUUAAUGCUCUUGCUAGACGCGCUGAGAUUGCUGCUCUUGACGUUGAUGAGAUGACGGAUCUCGAAGAUGACAAUCUUACCGAUGUUGAAAUGUUGGAUUUGUGUGGCACUUCUACCACUGGCAUAGCUAGUGGAGACGUCGCAACCGCUACUGCACCCACAGCAACCACUCUCAUGACCGAGGCACCCGUUCCUCACAUCGAGAUGACCAUCUUCAACACCACCGAGCAAACCGCAGAUCUCACAAAGAGAAGCACACAAGAAGAAGACGACUACCACAGCGCGUCAUUGUGGGAACAUGUAAAGUGGCUAUUAGGAUCAUGGUGA